AUGAAAGCAAUUGAAACUAAACAAUUAAAAAUUCCAGAAAAUAGUGUGAUUGUUGGCGAUGAUGCGUUCCCUUUAAAAAGUUAUUUAAUGAAGCCAUAUCCAAGAAGAUUUCAACAAACGGAUAGAGAAAAAAUUUACAACUAUAGGCAUUGCAGAGCUAGGCGUAUUGUGGAAAACGCAUUCGGCAUUAUGGCCAGCCGUUUUCGAGUGUUCAGAAAACCUAUACUUCUUGCUCCACAGACAACCAUGAAAUUAAUUAAAGCUUCCUGUGCGUUACAGAAUUGGAUAAGAAAAAGCAACAGUACUAGUUCAAUAUCGGUUGAUAUAGAAGAUUAUGAAAGUGGAUGUAUAAUUCCUGGGACGUGGCGAAAUGAUGUGGGAUCUGAGGGCAUUGUACCUUUACGUGCCACACAAGAAAGACAUUUUAUUCAUGAAGCUCGUCAGAAAAGAGAAGAAUUAGCGGAUUAUUUUAUAGGAGAAGGAGCAGUUAAUUGGCAACAUAAGAUGAUACAUUGA